AUGGACCAAGAAAAUAAACAAGUAUUGAUCCAACUGGUCGAAAAAUCUCCAGUUAUUGGCUAUGAGGAGCUUCACAAGGUUUUUGGCACCGAUCGAGACCGAGUUAUGGAGAAUAUUAUUGUUGACGCCAUUUACGAAGGAGUUAUUGUUGUAAGUUGGAUUGAAUUUAAUCUUUUUAAAAAUAGAGAAAACAUUCUUAUGUGUUGCGUUAAGAAUAUUGCUUAAAACUUAAGGAUUUAAUUUCAGGGUCAACUGGAUCCAAAGAAACGAGUUCUAGAGGUACAAGAUUGGCAAGCGACUGUUCCAACUGAUUUGGCUUUUAUCAAAGAGACUUUGGCCGACUGGAGAGAUCAUUGUCGUGGUUUGUUAGGCACUUUGGAGAAUGUCUCAAAACAGUAAGUAUCUUUUAUUUCUUUUUGUUAUUAGGGAUACACAUUUACCGCUAUUAAAAUUUUCAUCAUGCAUGCAUAUUAGAAUUUAAAUAUCGUGACCUUUUCUUGAAGAUUUGCUUAAUUUAUAUAAUUAAUUAUUGAAAACCAUUAUUUCAGAUCGAAUGCUGAUGCACAGGCGCUGAAAGACGAGGAGGAAAGGAUGGAGAAGUUGAUCGAGACAAAAAGAGAUGGCAUGGAGUUUAUCUCGCGAAACGUGAGGCACGAAGAACGGAGUGCCAGAACCUACAAACGAUCCAAGAAUGUGGUGGGUAAUGGGAAGCGAGGCCACUAA